CUAACUGUAUGGUUGAGUCAUGAGCUGAGUCACUGUUUAUUGAACUUAAGUUUAAUGGAGUACACAUUGCAGAUAACCAAGGAUAGUUCUAAUAAGGCUAAUUGCAUGUGAAAGAUGGAUUAGUACCAUUUCCUUGCUGUAAACCUGUUGCCUUCAGUUUUACCCAACACUUUAGAGGGAAAUGUACCAACCACGACGCGGUUUCAGCUGCCACUUGGCAUGGCUCAUACUGCAGACGACUCUCUACGCAUCCUGGCUACUGGGACUGUUUCCCUUCACUUUCGAUUCCCGAAGAAGGCAGCUGAAACGUUCCCGAUGGCUGCUACUCUACGGUUUUAUUCUGCAUUCUUGCGCCAUGUGCCUGGCGUUGAGUAGCUACUUUGCAGUUCGGCAGCGGAAAAAAAAUCACGCAUUUGAGCGCAAUCCGCUGCUGGAGCUCAUAUACCUACGGUUUGCACAUACAGUGUUUUUUUCCAUAGGCUUAUUAAUACUCAUGAAUGUUUGGAAAAGCAACACGAUUCUGAAGAUUGCCAAUGAACUGCUCACCCUAGAGUGGCAGGUAAAAAACCUUUUGACUAUGAAGAACUGUCCCAACUUUAACUGUUUCGUGCUUAAUAAAAGUGUGACUGCAAUGGGUCAGAUCAUAGUGUCAAUCUUGUUCUGUCUGUGGCAAGAAAAUUCGUACCCGAAGAUCCUAAAGAUCCUCUGCUGCCUGCCACUGCUCGGCUGCCAAUUGAUUAUUAUGCACUUUCAUACCGAAAUCAUUUUGGUGUACCGCUAUGUUUGGCUGCUCAAUGAAACACUGCAGGACUCAUGCAAGCUGAGCUCCUCAAGAAUUCGCGCACUCACGUCCUUGUACGAUCGGCUGGUGAAGCUGAGUGAAACGGUGGUAGCGAGCAACGAUACCCAGCUUAUCCUUUUGCUAACUAUUUAUCUAAUCGGUAAUACUGUGCAAAUCUUUUUCCUCAUCGUGCUGGGAGUUAGCAUGAACCAGCGGUAUAUUUACUUGAUGGCUUCCCCUCAAUUGCUGCUAAAUUUUUGGGACUUCUGGCUGAAUGUUGUGGUGUGCGAUCUCACUCAAAAGUGUGGAGACCGAACAUCGAAAGUCCUGAAACAAUUCACUGUUCUGGAACAACAUAAUGAGCAGUUGGAGCGAAGUUUGAAUGAAUUCGCAUGGCUUUGCACUCAGCGCAAAUUUCGAUUUCAGCUGUGCGGACUCUUUCCUAUUAACUAUAACAUGGGCUUUCAAAUGAUCAUCACCAGUUUUCUAUACGUGGUUUACCUGGUUCAGUUCGAUUUCAUGAAUUUGUGAAGCUUUCUUUAAGGCGACAAAUAAAGUUGAAGAUGAACUAUUGCUUUGCUAUAACACAAACAUAUACCAUAUCUUUAACUAUUCCCAAACAAUUCCCUUAAAUUGGAGAGCAGUGCGUGUGACAUUAUUAUUUUCCUGCCAGGAUCGUGACAUCCGCGACAUAUACUUUCUCCGAUUCGUGAGUGAUACGUGAUUGGAAAUAAUUUAAGAUGCUGCGAUAAAGCAAUUUGCGCAAAUUUAAGAUGAAAGAGGCGACGGACGGGCCACAGCAACAGCCACAGCAAAACAUACAUAAAAUGGAAGCAUUUUCACAACUGUCAUUGAAAUGUCAACAUAAAUCUACUGACAUCCAGUGCCAGGUCCUGUUCGUCCUGUUCGUCCUGCUCGUCCUGUUCGUCCUGUUCGUCCUGUUCGUCCUGCUCGUCCUGUGCUCCUUUCGCCAUUCCUCCGUUUCCCCACAUCUCCGCCGCUUUCCCAGCGACUUUUGCGCGCUGCGUGACGUAAAUGCUGAUGAAUAUUUCUCAUCUGUUGGCUGCGGUUCUCCAGCUGAAGUGAAGUGGAUGGAGGAGGAGGAGCUGCCUGGUGAUGCGGAGCCUUCCCUGCAGUUGUGCUGUGCGUCCUGGCUGCCAGUUCAUCCGAACACAGAGAAAAUAAACCAAUAAGUAGGAUAAA